UGUUUACGAUAACCAUGAGGAGAAGCACAAAGCUGCGCAUUGAAGACACUUGUUUCAAAAGCUGGCAUCUCUGAGGUAGUCGAUGUUGUGAACGAGAUGUUGGAUGCAAAAUGCAUAGUGAAGUGUUUCAAGCAACAGAGGCGUGUAUCGUCUUUCAUGUCGUGUAUACAUGGAAGCAUCAUGAGGUUCAAAUCGGACAUGCAAAAAUCAAUCUUCCUCAAAAGUCAAUUUCCGAUAAUGUGCUUAUAACUGUUACAUCGCUACAGACCGUAGCCAGAGAUUUGACCAUGAUAAGCUAAGCGCGAAAAAGCAUUGUCUCAUCCUGGCUCUUGAUAUAGCUGUCAAUUUAUCUGAAAGAAACAAUGAUCUUCUGGCAUAUGUUACUCGCUCUCAUUCAGGACAUUUUAUUGUAUCUGGCUACCAAGGUACGAGAGAGGAUCACCAGGAGGCAUAAAGUAACGAACAAUUGUGAUACAAUGGGUUGAUGGGAUCAGCUAAGUGGAAUGAGAGAUCCCACCUGACAAGCUUGUAAUCUAUUGAGUGCAAGCAAAUAAGGUGUUUUAGUUAACGUAAAGCUUCAGCGAUGCACGCGAUAACAGUCAUAACUUAGGAUUAUGAGUUCCGUGUUUAAUAUCCCAACCCAAUGACUGGCUUAUCUUUCUGUCCUUACCAUACUUUAGGGGAUUUCACGUUCAAAUU